AUGAAUACCGCACAACUGGAUGCCGCCCAGCAGGCGAAGCUUCAAUUAAUGCAAGAAAUGGAAAUUGAAAUGAUGUCCGAUCUGUACACUCGGAUGACCCAGGCAUGCCACAAAAAGUGUAUUCCCCCAAAAUACGCCGAUGCAGAGCUUGGAAAAGGUGAAUCUGUCUGUCUCGAUCGAUGUGUGGCCAAAUAUCUGGAAAUCCAUGAACGAAUAGGCAAAAAGUUGACCGCCAUGUCUGCCCAGGACGAAGACCUUAAGAAAAAAAUGGGUGUUUAGAGAUCAGCUCGGAUAGUGUAGGUAGUGUACAACGUAGAAAGUUAAAGGUGUUCUCGGUACAAUAAAAAUAGCUCUGGAUGUCUGCAAUCUUGGAACCGUCUUGCGGUGGGCGGCAUCAUGUGAAAAAUAAGUGUAAAAUUUCUCAAACGCUGUGACAGGUACCAUAAGUUUUAUUAUGUAUGUGGAUCGCAUGGCGGAGAAUGUUUAAUGUUUCAAAAUAUAUUAAAAACGAAUAAAAA